AUGAGUAGAAUUGAUAAAGUGCUAGUUUCUGAAGGCUGGUUGCGAUCUUGGAAUAACUCUGCUUUGUGGGUUCUUUCUCGAACAGUAUCAGAUCAUUGUCCCCUUGUUUUGCGGUAUAACUGUGUUGAUUGGCUGUCACACAAGGAUUUCCAUGGGCUAGUGGAGGAGUUUUGGAGGUCUCUCAAUCUUACAG